AUGGCCAAAACGCUGGCACAGGGCAGGAAACCAGGAUCUGGUCGGAAACCAGGAAAGGGUAAAACUUUGGCUCAGGGCAGGAAACCUGGAUCGGGAAGAAAACCUGGCAGCAAGGGCCACGUGAUCAAGCAAAAUGAUCCCUUGCAAGACUUGAACGCGGUUCUGCAGGCUCAGAUCCAAAGUGAGGCAGGUCGAAAUGCGGUGGCCAAUGCUACAGCAGCAGCAGCUGCUGCUGCUGCCUCUAUAGCAGCACAAAAUAAUAACCCGAUCGUUUUGAACGGCGGCGACGGUAGAUCACCGUCAAGUUCAGGUUCAACUGCAAGCUUAGGAUCCUCAUUUGCAGGAUCGCCCGCCAACCACAUCCAAAAGCGCAACCAGGUCAACAUGGGUUUGCCUAUGCCUGCUAACAGAGACAUGUCUCGAUCGCGAGAUCUGGUGUCUUCGGCGGUGUACUCACCGCUCGGAUCUGCGUCAAGCCAUCUUGCCGCGACUCCAUCUAUCUCGCACUCCACCAGUUCAAACGGUGUUGGGGUGGGUGUAGGUGUGGGCAUUGGCACCCAAUCCCAUAGUGGCAACUUCGGCAGCAAUAACAGCGCACAUGGGCCAAUUCGCACAAAUACUGUCACGGGUCCCUCCGGACGCAUUCCGGGACUGGACCUAUUUAACCGUGCACAUUCUCCUACCGGAAACUCAGGAAGUUUAGCUAAUAUGCAAUCCACGUUCAUGCCCCUUCAGCCGUGGGUAAAUUAUUCAAAUGGAUCACAACUUUUGCCAGGGUAUCCGCCGUUUCUUCCUGCCAAUGUGCCCCAACAAUCGUCGCGGCCAAGCGCGUCAAGCUCACACUCUCCGAAGCUUUACCAGGACCGUUUCGGCAUAACUGGAGACCCAGACUCCAUCACUUCGUUUGCAUCUCAUUCGCAUACCAAUCGUGAUUAA